AUGAUCGAAGACGAGUUCCUCGAGAAUUUCGAUUUCAGUGACGUGGUGAACAACGCCAUCGUGGGCGCGGGCGUGCGCAAGCUGCCCACCAACGAGUCCGACGGCGAGCAGUACGAGGACCUCGGCCUCGUGAACGUGCUUGACGGGUACCUCACUAUCGAGGAUAUCAAGGCCGGCGCGAUUCUCAAGAAGAUGCAUGACGACCGGGUUCUGGAGGUGAAGGAGGUGCGUGGGGCGGUCGUGGCGGUGGGGCAGGAGGGGCAGAAGCGGCGGCAGUGGUCGGUGGUGUUAUAG